GUUUAGUGAUUUCUCAGAUAACAAGAGCUUUGCAUUUCUGUGGAAUUCCCAUUUGCUUGUGAACUGCUGCUGCCGCUCGCCUGAUUGAUAUAUGACUGCAAUGGCACUUUUCCAUUUGACAUUCUCCCUCUCUCUCUCUCUCCCUCUCUCUCUCUCCCCCCCUCUCUCUUGCUUAAACAACAGCCCUAACUUUUGUGUGUUGCAAAUAUAAAAGGCAAGCCAUGUGACAGAGGGACAGAAGAACAAAAGCAUUUGGAAGUAACAAGACCUCUUUUUAGCUCUUCAGUUUUAGGAGUCCAAAAGGAGGAAGGAGCAGCACAUUUUGCUAAGCCAUGCAGGAGACGUUUUGAUGGAUUAUAACCUCAACAAAUGUCUAACCCAAAACUAGCAAUGACAACCCAGAGACUUCAAACAGACUGUCCAUUUUGGUCUUUAGAGUGCUUUUGAUACUCUGCCUCCCUCUACUGUUAUUCCUGAGAAGCUCUCUAACGAUGGGAAAUCAUGUCCUGGCCAUUUCGAUUUCCAUGCUGUCCCUUCUGGUGGUAAUGGGAGAUGCAGACAGUAAAAAGGACAGUAGCUUCAUGAUGGAUUCGGACCCGGGCCGCUGCAUGAGGCAUCAUUAUGUUGAUUCCAUCAGCCACCCUUUGUACAAGUGCAGUUCAAAGAUGGUCCUACUGGCUCGCUGUGAGGGACGUUGCACUCAAACGUCACGCUCUGAGCCAAUGGUGUCCUUCAGUACAGUCCUAAAACAGCCCUUCCGAUCCACGUGCCACUGCUGCCGGCCACAGACGUCAAAGCUGAAGGCCAUGCGACUGCGCUGCUCGGGCGGCAUGAGGCUCACCGCCACCUACCGUUAUAUUCUCUCCUGCCAUUGUGAGGAAUGCAACUCCUAGGGGUGAACCUGCUGCAGCAGAAAGAGCGGGAGGGACACAUGCUCUGCAGCAGAACUCCCAGAUGCAAGG